AUGGCGGGCACCUGUUCGACGCUAUGCUUGAUUAUCAUCACGCUAUUCAUUCCCCCGCUGGGUGUCUUCAUGAUCUCCGGCUGCGGCGUUGACUUCUGGAUCAACGUCCUGCUCACCAUUCUCGGGUACUUCCCAGGUCACAUCCAUGCCUUCUACCUCGAAUACGUCUACUAUGAGCGUCGCAAGCGCGACCCCUUAACCCGCGCCUCGCAGCGCCCUGCUCCAGGAGUUUACUCCGAGCGCAUUCAGCAUGGCGGACACCACGACUCGCCGCCUAACUAUGGCACUAUCUAA